AUGCAGUCGGCCUUGACACGAUGUGCAGGGUCUGGUCCGCCCAAUCGCAACUUGCUGUUCGAGAGGCUCAGCAAGGAUCCCGCAAACGUGGCUCUGGGGUCUGCUUUUGCAGACGACAACCUCAAGACGGCUGAAAAUCCCAUCCCAGCCUAUCUGCUCCUACUUGGCGAUAUCGCUGGCGCAGAUCCAGUGCGGAUCUCGACCUCAUACAGGACCCCUGUAUCAUGGGCUGCGGGCAGACCCAUCAGACCAUAUCUUUUCGAGCCAAGGUCCCGGCUUGGUUUCUUUGGCAUCGACACUUGCGUCCUGUCCGGAUCUGAGCAUCAAGAAGCCGGUUACACGCUUCUAGCAUCCAUACAAAAGCUUAAUAGACCAUCGUCCGAUCGAUACUACGUAGCUCACUUGGCCGUCAUAUAUCGGGUUUCAGCUUCAGAAACAAGCGACCUAGCGACCUGCCAUCCCAUCGCAGUCCUAGGAGCUGGGAUUCCAAGACGAUGCGAACCGAUCUAG